AUGAUUGUGAAACUCUGCUACGCGUUUGUCAACAUUCUACUUCCGGGCAUAGUCUGCUCGGCGUUUGUCAACAUUCUACUCCCGGGCAAAGUCUGCUCGGCGUUUGUCAACAUUCUUCUUCCGGGCAAAGUCUGCUCGGUGUUUAUCAACAUUCUACUUCCGGGCAUAGUCUGCUCGGCGUUUGUCAGCCUUCUACUUCCGGCGUUUGACAAAUAUCUACUUCCGGGCAAAGUCUGCUCAGCGUUUGUCAAGAUUCUACUUCCGGGCAUUGUCUGCUCGGCGUUUGUCAACAUUCUACUCCCGCGCACAGUCUGCUCCGCGUUUGUCAACAUUCUACUCCCGCGCACAGUCGGCUCGGCGUUUGUCAACAUUCUACCACGGGCACAAUCUGAUCGGCGUUUGACAACAUUCUACUCCCCGCACAAUCUUCUCCGUACUUUCAGCAAACUUAAAAAAGGCGAUAACAUUGCUUGGUUUAGACCAUCUGCAAUAUUUCAUCAUGCCAUUGUUUCGGAAGACGUUACUUCACCUGAUGAAGUGGACGUAAUUCAUUACAAAAAGGAAAAGGGAUUAUCAUUUCGUAUAGCUAGAGAUACGUUAAAAUUUGCUGAACAGAAAGGGGACCCGUAUCUAAUUGUUUACCCGGAGGAAGUCACACAAAAAAAUAACGCAAACGAAGUUAUUAAGAGAGCAGAAACAAGAUUAGGAGAAACAAAAUAUAAGCUUACACAAAACAACUGCGAAUCUUUCGCUUCGUUUUGUAAAACGGGAGAAAGCUACAGUUAUCAGGUUGAAUGGUUCAAAGCUAGAAUAGUUGUAUUUAUAAUCAUCAACAUCCUGAGGCCUUCAUAUUUAUUGACAUCGAUACCCGAGUUUGCAGUCAUUUGCUAUGCUCUGGGGGCAUUAAUGACUAUUCUUGCGGAAAUAUGUUUGGUGCUCAUUGAUAUUUGGCGAAGCAAUAAUAAAAGAAAGAAUGGCGACUAUUCGCAUAAAGUUUAUGAUGCAAUGGUAAGGCUGAGGAUUCUUGAGGCAGUUUGUUCUGUUUCUGCAGGUAUCGGUUUAGGCAUUGGUGGUGGUGUACUUGGAGCACUUAUAGGCAGUUAUAUUCACUGGGUAUUUGCGUAUAUAUUUUGCGCCUAUGGGUAUACGGUCCUUGGCUUAAUUGGGACAGUUAUUGGUUAUGUUAUCGCAUCUUUCUUAGCACCGAGUAUAGGAACAAUUGUAAAAAAAAUUAAACCGCGAAGGCGAUUCGAUGAUAUUGCUGUUGAAAUUGAAGAUGUUCAUGCUGGUGAUCAUAUUUUUGUUAAUGCAUCUGUACUCCAUCAACAAUGCCACGCGAUUGUUGUCGAUGUUUCACAUACAUCCGAACAAAUCUGUGUGAUAAGAAAUGCGUUCCGGAAAGGCGUAGUGAGGGAAAUGCUGAAGUUUAAGAAACCUGUUUACAAAGCAUUAUACAAGGAAGCAAAAAUAUAUAGCCCACACACGGUUAUUGAAAGGGCGAAAUCAAAAAUUGGUGAAAGGGAAUAUUCUUAUUUUAACUGCAAGCGGUUUGCACUCUGGUGUAAGGAGUCUGAAAAAAAAGAGAAUGAAAACAUUGAGUCUGUCUAUACCGAUAACACAAGAGCUGAAAACAUGGAGCCUUCAAACAGAGAAGUCGUCGAAAUAGAAACGCAUACCUUAAAUUAGUUAUGAGCUUAAGACGUGUAUCAAUAGUAGUGAUAUAGUUGUUUUACGAAAUCUGUAUUGAUUAACAUCUUUUCUGCAGUGUAAAACUAAAACAUUGAAAGUUGUAAGCGGGUGAAUAAUGUGUACGUCAAUUUAAAUAAAUACACCGAACGAAAAAAGGACUGAACAAUAGCACUGUCAAACAAAGAACAGUAAAAAAUGUGUUCCUUAUAAUAAAAUGACUGCGUUCUUGAUUUGUAUAUGACAAUUCAUAUACGCAAUGUGUGUGUUACUGUGUGUUUGCGCGCGAGCGUGUGCGGGCGUGUGGCUGUGUCUUUCUAUAUUGUUUAAGUGCGUUGGUGCCUUUGUUUGUCUAUCUAGUUAACUGCCAAACUGACGGUAUUCCGCAUGGUUAACAAGAUUGGUAUUGAUGCAAAUACUGGAGCAUUUGUAUCCAUUCGAUUGUCGAGCGUUGUAAGCAUUUAUAAAUAUUCAUAACUCAAAGAGAAGAAUGAAUUUAUCUUGGGCAAUUAAUUGUUUUAAUUAAACAUUUUUCAAAUGAAACUACAAUAUGUGAUACAAUUAACAAUUGGUUUAUAUAAGUGUUAUUAAAACUAUGGUAUCAUAUAAGUUUUAUGUAAAUUUAUAAUUUGCGAUCAGACUGUGAAAAGUAUCUUAACUUCGCAAAUGUCAAAUGCCAGCGUACACGUGUUUGUUGAAAGCAUAUUUUCUAUGCGUGAGUUUUCAGCUCUAUUUUGAUGUGAAACAAAACAAAUAUUUCAGAAAGUCACUUAAUUCAAAUAAAUGAUAAGUACGAUGAAAACUACGAUAAUAAAUCACUUCCCUUUAGUAUAUUUUUUAUCUUAUUAAUCAAGCAUACUUAAGGUUUUUUAGACUCAUUUAAAUCAUUUAGCAUGUUAUCAUGUAACCAUGUUUGUUUUUUUAAACCCUAUUAUUGCUUUAGUUGGAUAUGUAUAUGAAAGGCUUUUUAAUUAAAGUUUUUGAUUCUGAGUGUGUAUCAAAUGUUUUGUAAUAUUUACGUCAUUAUCAACAACUUAAUUGAUUUAUUAAACUCAUUGUUCAAAUGAUUUACAUGUGCAACUAUUGAGUAUUUUAAUGCAAUUGUUUCUCUAUUCAGUAUGCAGGAACGAAUAGACCCGUUAUAUGUAUUGCCGAGUAAAAUAGAAACAAUACCAAAUCGUUUAUUCAUAUUGAAUCUGUUUAAGCUUUUAACGGAUGAGUUUAAUGAUUUUAAAAUGUCAAUUAAUCGUUAAGUUAUAUUGGCACCUUGUUAAACUGUUCUUAUCAGUACGUCGGUUCAAUCCGACUGUCCGCUCGUUCUUUCGUCCGAUUUUUUGACGCGGGAAACGCAAAAAGUAUUAAACUUUACAAGAAUAUUAACAAUCAUGUAAUUUCAACAUUUAAGAGGGAUUGUCUCGAUAUAUAGCCGAUAUAAUUGUCCCAUAUUAGGCUAAAAGCAACACAUUUUUCGCGCCAAGGUAUAGCAACGAGUAAUGCUGCUACAGGUAUGAAACGUUAUAAACAUAUAAAGUGGCAUUAGAUUUUUCGCACCAAUAUAUUUUAUUAUUUUCCUUCGUAAAAAACAUCUCAAGCUAUUGCCUUUGUUUAGCGAAAAAAGCUAUUUUUUACUUGUGUCGCGCAUAACUCAAAAUGUAUUGGUGCAAGAAAGAUGUUAUUUUACAAACAUAUGAACAAACAUGUUAACGUUCGCUCCUGCAUUUUUGGUUCGCGUUUUCUUUCUCUAAAAAAGGCGGAGCAAUGACCCUUUAGCAGAAAAACAACAUUAUAUCCUGACUGUCGCGCAUUCAUGAACAACUAACACAUAUCUACUAAUUUUUGUUCGCACAUUGUCACUUAAAGUUAUAGUUGCUUCUUGUCUGGAAAUCGUACCUUUGAGUUAUAACAGAUAUUUUCUUAACUUGUAAAUUUUUUGAUUGACUUUGUCUGCCAUGUGCUUUAUAUCAGUAAUGUGAUGUUUUUUGUUAAAUAUUUUAAGGAUCCCGCGUCGAUCAUGAAAAUUGCCUCCUGCUGGCUGAAAUGUAAUGCCGUUUGUUGUUGAAGUUUUUAUACUUUGUAAAAUUGUUUGUACAAUCCGGCUGUGAUUCAUAUUAUUGAGAGGAGUUAUUCAUAUUAAUGACAUAUAUUUUUGUUAAUUCGGUUAUAAGAGUGAGGGUUGUGUUAUACUGUGUCAGCUGAAGUUUCACUAAGCUUUUGUUUGUUGGGACAUGCUUAUAAGUAAAAAUAUUAUUUUCUAAAAAUGUUUACUUUAUCGAUAACAAUGUUUAUUAUAAAUAGAUUAAUUAUAAACAAAACCUUAAUAGAAAAUAAAUAUGUUUGUGUGUUUUCCGUUGUGUAUGUGUUAAUUUUGUUUAAGUUCAAAAUUAAAAUAUAUAAAAAAAUAUUCGUAGAAUGAUGUUUAACGAUUUCAUUUAUUGAGAGAAAUACAUUUUCUAAUUUAAAUAUAUUUCCUCAUGUAUUAACAUUUUAACAGACUUUAACAUGUUGAUUAACAUUUUACACAUCAACAUUGCAGUCAAAAUGCGUAGUGUCACUAUUUAUUUACAAAAACAAACUACAGCAACAUCAACAAAAUUCCAUAUAUUUGUCAUUAUAAAAUGGUAUUUUGUAGGCACAACGCAACGUUUCAAACGACUCGAUUGUUGGGAUAAAUUGUAUGAUUUUACAGGUGCACUCAUACAGGAAACAUUUAAAUAUUUCAUUUAAUGAACGCAGUGAUCAUUUACAUUUUGCAAAAUGAAUGUGUUAUAUUUCAGUAAUUCUACUUUGUAUAUCUGCUUUUUGUUUUUAAAACAAACUAAAAUAACU